AUGUCCUAUGCUUUGGAGUCGAAGAGCAGCGAUGCGAAGGCGCGCGACGAGGCAUUCAACCAUUUUGUGGUCUUUGAUGCCUACGACCUCAUUGCAUGCCAUGACUUCCAGUAUUUGGACCUGUGGCCGGACACCGACAAUGUCAGCUGCAUGAGCGCCUUCAACCGCACCCACACGGCCAACUACAUCGACCGCACUGGCGGCUGGCACCACCUGGCAGUCACCUGGACCAAGGCCGGCAAUGGCCGCACGCGCAUCUACAAGGACGGCCUCCUCAUGGCUGAGACGGCAUCUGGCAAGACGAAGCCGCUGCAGUCCGGGGGCGCCUUCAUGCUGGGUGGCGAGCAGGACUGCUACGGCGGCUGCACCGACGCUGGCCAGGCCUUCUACGGCCUCAUGGACGAGGUGCGGCUGUGGAAGGUGGAGCGCAGCCACGAUGACAUUCUGAGGUACAUGCGCCGGACUGGGGGCAGCCUGGACAACCACGCCGACCUCAUUGCCUACUGGAAGUUUGACGAGCCAGAUGGGGCUGAUGGGCUGACGAGCGCGCAUCUGGUGGCAAAGGACAGCAGUGGCAAUGGGAAUGACCUCCCCCUGGAUGGCAAGCAGCUGUCAACGGGCAGCUUGAACUUUGCCAACAACUACGCCUUCAACCCGGCGAUGGUCAACAUGCCAGAGAAGGACUUCACUGUGGAGUUCUGGGCGCGCACGCCAGCCUACGAUGAGGACACCACCACCAACUCCUUCACCACCCUCUUCUCCUACGCCACCCACACCCAGAGAAAGAACAUCUUCUCCGGGGGAGUCACUGACAGCGUGUUUACGGACGACGCGAUACGGGUGGAGAAGUACUACGAGGAGUUCCGUAACACGCGCGACCUGGAUUACCUGGACAUCCAAACGCGCGGAUCCAUCACCGUCCACAUCAAUUCCAACCGCGACGGCAACGGCCGGCGCUUUGAAAACUGGCUCGACUACAACGUCCAGUGGCUGGACGGCGACUGGCACCACAUCGCAGUGACGUGGGAGGGCAACUCGGGGCUGACGGCAAUGUACUUUGACGGCGAGCCGCAGAAGCCCUUCUGGCGCGCCACGGGCGGCCAGGUGGAGCAGCAGGACCCGGCAUUAGGCGGCGUUGACUCCCACCUCGCCUGGGGCACCGACCGCCAAAACCAUGGUUCACUGGUGCUGGGCCAGAACCAGGAGUGCUACGGCGCAUGCUUCUCGCCCUCCGAGUCCCUCAGCGGCGAUAUGGCAGCGCUGCGAAUCUGGGGACGCGCCAAGAACCAGGAGGACAUCCGCGCUGACAUGUUCUCUGAGAAGCCGGGGACCGAGCUGGACCUGCUGACCAUGUACAACUUCCGCAGCCAGGACAUCUCCAAGGGCCAUCUGGGCAAGGAAAUGGUGUCGGAUUCGAGGGGCAGCCACGACAACAAGCUGGAGCUGUGGGGGGACACCCCCCGCUGGGAGUACUCCACAGCGCCCCUCAUGGAGUGGGACUCCGGCGCGGCCCUCGCCCCCGCCAACCCCGGCAGCCGCGGCCACGCCCUGCACCUCAACGACCAACAGGCGUUGAUGAUGACGGGGUUCAAGGAGUGGCCGCGUGACGCAAUAACGGUGGAGUUCUGGAUGCUGAGCGUGGACAAGUGCCGCAAGGGCGUCCCCUUCUCCUACGCCACCGGCGGCUACGAGCGCGCAGACAACACCUUCCUCAUCCUCAACUACAACGACUGGUUCGCAGCCUGCUUUGUGAUGUAUCAACAAUUUCAUUGCAGCAAGGUCUUUGGAAGGGGCAUCUCUGUGAUGGAGGACGAGGGGCAGCUGAGCGACCACACUGCGGGCAUGUCUUCCACGGACGGCUCCUGGCACCACAUCGCGGUCACCUGGCAGUCCUCCGACGGCUCUGCCUCUCUCUAUGACAACGGCCGCAAGGUGUGGACGGUGACUCGCGGCAAGGGCAAGCACAUGCCGUCUGGAGGCACGCUCAUCGUGGGCCGCGAGCAGGACUGCGUCGGCGGCUGCUUCGACUCAGCCCCAGGGGCGAGCGGGAAGCUGGACAGGAUGAGGGACCAGGAGUAUGGCGCCCAGGACUUCUACGGAGCCAUUGAUGAGCUGCGCAUCUGGCGCACAGUGCGCACCCAGGAUCAGAUCAAGCAGGGCAUGGCAACGGCGGCCGAGCGCGCGGGAGCAGAGGGUGACGGGGCGGUGUCGGACCAUGAUCCGGACCUGAUGGCGUACUGGAAGUUUGACGAGGGCGCUGGCUUCUUAGUCAAAGACUCCACCGGCCGCGGCCACGAUUUGUACCUCACUGGGGAGCCCCGCUGGCAGGUGGUGAAGUGGCUGAGCGUGUGCGGCAAUGGCAUCGUGGAGGGCGCAGAGGAGUGCGACGACGGUGACACAGACGACGGCGACGGCUGCUCCGCACAGUGCAAGGUGGAGGAGGGCUGGCAGUGCACAGGGGAGAGCCCGUCCGAGUGCUGGCCCAACGACCAAGCUGGCAAGCAUGCAGGCCCGGGGGCGCACUCGGGUGACUCCUCCGGGCAGAGCGCGCAGGGAGGCAACUCCAAGAGCGGCUCUGGCGGCCACACUGUUGCCAUCGUCCUCAGCAUCAUCUUCACCGUGCUCGUGCUGGGAUGCCUCGGCGUGGGCCUGCUGUACAGGCACUCGCUGAUGGAGGCCUUCCCGGGAGUGGAGGAGAGCGUUCGCGACCUGGGCAGCCGCCUGCGCGGCCGCCAGCGUGGCACCCUCUACCAGGCACGCCCCUGCCCUAGUGAUUGGUCAUGA